AUGCCGUUCGGAAUCAACAGCCCACUGCCCUCGUCUAUGCGGAGCGAGUGCAAGAAGGCAGGCAAGAUUCUCGCAUCGUUUGUUGACCCGAGACAAAGCUUUGGUCCCGACAAGAUCAUCCCGCCUCAGAUUCUUGCCAAUGCGAAGGGCCUGGCCGUUCUCACAGUGUUGAAAGCAGGUUUCCUCGGCUCUGGUCGCUUCGGCUCUGGCAUCGUGGUCGCACGAUUAGCAGAUGGGACGUGGUCCGCUCCCUCCGCGAUAGCAACAGCAGGAGGAGGGUUCGGAGGUCAAAUAGGUUUCGAAUUGACCGACUUCGUCUUCAUCCUGAACGACUACAAUGCGGUCCGAUCAUUCUCCCAAUCGGCGCAAGUUACACUGGGCGGCAACGUCAGCAUUGCAGCCGGUCCAGUUGGCCGCAAUGCCGAGGCCGCAGGCGCAGCCAGUACGAAGGGCGUGGCCGGCAUCUUCGCCUACAGCAAAACCAAAGGAUUGUUCGCAGGAGUCAGCUUGGAAGGCAGUGUGUUGGUCGAGAGAAGAGAUGCCAACGAGAAAAUGUACAAUGGUCGGGUGACUGCUCAGCAACUUCUGGAAGGGGCCAUCAGGCCUCCUCCAGCGGCGGAUCCAUUGAUGAGGAUACUGAACACGCGAGUAUUCUCAGGCGCUGCAUUCAAUGACGGCAUGUACAACGACGUGCCCAUCUACGACGACCAGCAUGAUGAUCUCGUCUGGGAGGGAAGAACCGGAGAAGCCUACGGGGCCAGCGCGCGCAGAAACCGCUCGUCGACUUUGGGAUCCCGAGAUGACAACUACGAGUACCAUGAUAACCCUCGCCGCACCAACACGUGGCAAGACGACGUCUACGACCGUCCGCCUGCACGAAACCAUGAUUCCUUCAACAGCUACUCAGGCCGAAGCAGGUCCAGUACACUGCAGCACGAAUACAGUUACUCGGACAGUAAACCAACCAGGCCGACAGCGCCCAAGCCAGUGUUCAAGCAGCGCACGGGAUCCCUUCGACCGGACCAAGCUCUGGCACUGUUCACUUUUGACCCAGACCAAGAAGGCGACCUUGGAUUCAAGAAAGGCGACAUCAUCACGAUUCUCAAGCGGACGGAGAACAAGGCGGACUGGUGGACUGGUCGAACAGAAGACGGUCGAAUCGGCAUCUUUCCUUCGAAUUAUGUGGAGACGGCGACGUGA